AGCAUAACUUUACCAAAAAUAAUGGAGCAAGAAAACAGUUAGCGUAUGGUAAAUGACAAUUUGUAACCCAUUGUUUUUACUGUUUUUCACACUUAUUGACGACGUCAUCUAUCGAUUGUAUCGAUUAGGUGUGUUUUUGCAUCAAAGCGGAUUGAUAUUUUUUAUAUAUCCAGUGUUAGCAUCAGCCACACAACAGCAGCAUUCGGCAGCUAAUAGUUAGCUCAUUGCUUAGUUCAUAGCAGAACGUUAAAGUUCGUUCUAAAUUAAAAGCUUCAAGUAACACGACCAGUUCUUCAGCGCUUUGCUGCCUUUCUCUCUCACGUGAUUUAAAAGAACAUGUUUGUGUUCAGUAACUGAACUCUGGAAGAAAGAUCUGAGGGGUAAUGGCGGACCCUGCACGGAUAAAGACGGAGAAUUCACUUGAAAAAGAGGAUUUUACUAACGAGGAUGAUCCGAAGACGGAGCAAACAGAAAAUGUUCCGGAGUCUUCAGCAGAUGACACCAAAGAGCCGUCCACGCAGGAUCAUCCAAAAGAUUUAAACGCUGAAGGUGAAGCCACAGCAGCGGAUGAUGAGGAAGAGGGAACCUCUGGUCAGCCUUCCUCUAAACGUCUGAAGGUGGAGCCAGAAAAGAAGAAAGAGAAGCGCCACAAGGUCGAUGAGGAUGAAAUACAGAAGAUGCAGGUUUUGGUGUCAUCCUUUUCUGAAGAGCAGCUCAAUCGCUAUGAGAUGUACAGACGCUCUGCCUUCCCAAAGGCUGCUAUUAAGAGGCUGAUCCAGUCCAUAACUGGUUCAUCUGUUUCCCAAAAUGUGGUCAUUGCCAUGUCUGGUAUCUCCAAGGUUUUUGUUGGGGAGAUUGUUGAAGAAGCUUUGGAUGUUUGUGAGAAGUGGGGAGAUACCCCCCCACUUCAGCCUAAACACCUGAGAGAAGCAGUUAGGAGGCUGAAGAGUCGAGAUCAGAUUCCCAACACAAAGUGCAAGCACAUCCUGUUCCACUGAGCUGAUCAUGCCGCAGAAUGAGCAAGGACAUUUGCAAUGUUAAAAACUGUCUUAUUGUGCG